AUGAUUUUAAUAAGUUCAAUUAAUCAAGAUUUAAAAAAUUAUUGGAUAGAAAUUCCAAAGGAUUCUAAUUAUACAAUUGAAGAAAUUUUGGAAAUUUCGAUUAAAAUUUUUGAGAAGAUACCUUCAAGAAAUAAAACCACAAGAGUUUACAACGCAUACAUUAAUGUAUUUGGUAGUGCCAAACGAACCGAUUUAGCAUACGCGGUUUAUAAUGGGAUGUUAACAAGUCAUCACAUAGUAAAACCAGACAUUAAUACAUAUAAAACAUUAUUAAUUGCUUGUGCCAACAAAAUGGAACUUGGACGUGCAUUUGCAACGAUUGAUAAGUUUACAACAUCAAUAAUUAAGAAAUCAUAUAUAAUGGAAUUGAUUCAAUGGAUAAAAAAUAUAUCAAUCGGAAUGUUUGGAGCCAAAUGGAUGGCAUAUGGAUAUUUAUUUUUUACACAAGAUCUUGACUUUGUAAUAUCAUCAGGAAAAGUAGUAAUUAUAGGUAUAGGAAUUGGAGCAUUUCUAACGACAAGAUUUGCAAUGAUAACAAUGUUGAAAGAUAUUAAACUUGCACAAGGACGAAAAGCAUCGCAAGUAAAACUUGAUCUUAAUAAUGUAAAGUAUAGACAACUUUACAAAAUGACACCACAAGAAAUACGGAAUUACAUGUUUACAUUUUUAAUGGGAACAUUAUUGAAAAAUGGUAGCCUUAACGAGGCAUUAAUAGUUUUGCAUCAUAUGACAAACAAUGAAGCACCAUUAAGUAAGGUGGCACUUGAGACCAUUGAGAAAUUUCAAGAACACGGAUUUCAUCCUAAUGCAGAAACAUUCUUACCUGUUUAUAAUUCACUUAAAAGGCAAGGGAAAAAUGAUAUAAUAAUGGAAGAGGUUACUACAAGAUUGAUACAAGGUGACUAUAUUCAAGGUUACUACGUACUCUACACUUACUUAAAGACACAAGUAAAACGACUGGGAAUUGUUGGAGCCGGUCAAAUGGGAAUGGGAAUCGCUUUGGUUGGAGCAAAAGUUUCACAAUUGCCUGUGAAAAUUUUGGAUUCAAACCCUGAACAGAUCAAAAGAGGAUUGGGAUUAGUUGACGAAUUACUUCGCAAAGACAUUGCUAAGGAUCGUAUCACGGAAGAACAAGCCAUUUCUAUCAAAAAACGAAUCACAACAAUAACUGAUAUUUCCGGAUUAUCUGAUGUUGAUUUUGUUAUUGAGGCAAUUUCCGAAAAUGUUGAUUUAAAACGAAAAAUAUUUGAAAAUUUGGAUAAUGUUUUAAAUAAGGAAUCAAUUUUGGCUACAAAUACUAGCAGCAUUAGUAUAACAAAGAUCGCAGCUGCUACGAAAAGGCCUGAAAAGGUAUUGCUUUCUAAGUGA